AUGUUGAAGAGUCUAAUGAAUCCCUGCUAACCGGUGCUGUGUUUGCCACUGUAGUCGGCUUUGGUAUCGCCAUAGCGAUCGCCUUCAUCGGCUUAUGCCUUUAUUAUUUGUGUCGUCACCGCAUCAGAGCUGCUAUCACUCGGCAGAAGAAGCCCUCCUCGUCAACAACAACAGCAACUUGCCAGGGUUGUGUCAGCUUGAUUGCCGAUCGAGAGCUUUACGCUUUGGUAACACUCCCGUCGGUCACGCCCUCCUCG